CCAGUCUCCGCCUUCCUCGCGCUUCCGGCAGCACGGCGCAUCCUGUAGGCGGCUAGAUGCGAGCCCGCGGCCGGGCCGGGCUGAGUGCGCGCCUGGGCCGAGGAGUUUUAAAACCGGUGUCCGUGACCCUGCCUCCCGACACCGACCAGCCUCUGUUUCCUGGACGAGCCCGGCGCCCUGGGAGUGCCAGAGCAGGAUCCCGAGUGACCGGAUGUCGUGAGGCCGGUCAGAUGCCAGCGCCGCUUUCCCGAAAGAUUGGGCAAAAAAAGCAGCGACUAGCAGAAUCCCAGCAGCAGCCGAUCCCUAAAGAGAGGCCACCCUCAGCCCCGGGCCUCCAGCGAAGCAUCUACUUCUCCAGUUCCGGGGACCACCCUACCCGGCUGGGGCCAGAGUUUUUUGACCAGCCUGCAGUCACCCUGGCCCGUGCAUUUCUGGGGCAGAUCCUUGUCCGGCGACUCGCUGAUGGAACGGAACUCCGUGGGCGCAUUGUGGAGACUGAGGCAUACUUGGGGCCAGAAGAUGAAGCUGCUCACUCAAGGGGUGGCCGGCAGACUCCCCGCAACCGUGGCAUGUUCAUGAAACCGGGGACACUAUAUGUGUACAUUAUCUAUGGCAUGUACUUCUGCUUGAAUGUCUCCAGUCAAGGGGCUGGGGCUUGUGUCCUGUUACGAGCACUAGAGCCCCUGGAGGGCCUGGAGACCAUGCGGCAGCUUCGCGACAACCUCCGGAAAAGCACUGCUGGCCGUACACUCAAGGACCGUGAGCUCUGCAGUGGUCCGUCCAAGCUGUGCCAGGCCCUGGCCAUUGAUAAGAGUUUUGAUCAGCGAGACCUGGCCCAAGAUGAGGCUGUGUGGCUGGAGCGUGGCCCUGUGGAGUCCAGCAGCCCAGCUGUGGUGGCAGCAGCUCGCAUAGGCAUUGGUCAUGCAGGGGAGUGGACCCAGAAGCCCCUGCGCUUCUAUAUCCAGGGCAGCCCGUGGGUCAGUGUGGUUGACAGAGUGGCUGAACAGAUGUAUCAGCCUCAGGAAACAGCCUGAUGGGCUUUUUUAUUUUUUAAAAGUAGAAUAAAUAUCUUGUUUGUGGGAACUGUCCAAGUCUCAGCCAGAAUUUGUGUGCAUGAAGUUAAUUCUUCAUCUGGGUCAGGAAACCUGGGAACCCCAUAUGUAUGGCACUGGAGAGGGGAGAAUCAUCAGUGUAUGGGCAUAUACACCUAGGAGCAGGAAUGAGUUAAAUGAGUUUCUGGACACUCUCAAGGAUGGCUGCAGAAGGGGCAGGUUGGGAAAGGGGUCAGAAAGACACAACCUGUGUGUGUGUGAAAGACUUGAACUUCAGAGACACAUCCUGGAAAACCUCCGGCUCAGCGAUGUUAAGAUGCUGUAAGGACCAGACUGAAGAGAUGGCAAUGGUUGAAAGCCUCCUGCUCUUCUAGAGUUCCAUUCUCAGCUCCACACCCAGGGGCUUACAACCUCUAACUCUAGCUCCAGGGUAUGCUUUCUUCUGACCUCUGGGGACCCACACAUACAAAACCAUAAAUAAAAAUAAAUAUUUUUUAAAGUAA